GGCCGGGUCGGUGACAGUUUCCGUUACCCAGGCAACUAGGGCCGGGCUCUCUUUUUGCUAGAGGGACGCGGCGGGCCCGGGUCAGGGGCCUCGUUAUCGGGCUUGGGCCCAGAGCAUGUUCCAGAUCCCAGAGUUUGAGCAGAGUGAGCAGGAAGACUCCAGCCCUGCAGAUAGGGGCCUGGGCCCCAGCCCCACAGGGGACAGGCCCCCAGGUCUCAGCAAGCACUGGCUAACAGCCCCAGGCCUCCUGGGGGAAGCUGGUCACCAGCAGGGGCAGCCGGCCGGCAGCAGCCACCAUGGAGGCACUGGGGCUGUGGAGACCCGGAGUCGUCACAGCUCCUACCCCGCGGGGUCAGAGGAUGAUGAAGGGACGGAGGAGGAGGAUCUCGGCCCCUUUAGGGGCCGCUCGCGUUCGGCGCCCCCCAACCUCUGGGCUGCACAGCGAUAUGGCCGCGAGCUCCGGAGGAUGAGCGACGAGUUUCACGUCUCCUUCAAGGGGCUUCCUCGCCCGAAGAGCGCUGGCACGGCGACACAGAUGCGACAGAGCCCCAGCUGGACGCGCUUCCUCCAGUCCUGGUUGAGCCGGAACUUGGGGAGAGGAGGCUCCGCCCCCUCCCAGUGACCUUCCGCCCCGCAUCCCGAAUCUCCCAACCGCUGCUGGUGGCCAUCUUGGGAGCGGGCGGAAGUUUUUCUGCAGGCUUUUUGUAAAAGGAGGCUCGGUUUCAUUCCUUUCGGAAGACUGAGGUCUGACCCAGAGCCCGGUCCCCUUCCGGUGUGUGCGAGGACCACGGAGGGGCUCGGCCCCCAUCGGAAGUUGGAAGUUUUUCCGCCCUUACCUGCCGGAAGCGGCCUCGUGACCCCGCCCCCGGCGCUGGGCCGCCCCAGGCGCCUGCGCCAGUUGCGAGCCGAGAUUAACCCUAACUUCGCCGGAACCCUUUCCUCCGCGGUAACGCUGCGGACCUAUGCCCGAUACUAAGAUGCUAAUAAACCCCACGUCUGUGC